AUUUUUCUUAUUUAUUAGUAGGUCAUGAAACCACAUCCCGGUGUCGUCUGGCUCCUCGCGCCCGUCGCCCUUCAGUUAAUCCUGGUCCCCAGUCCAACAUCCUCUGCUACUACCAGAAAGUGUGGUGCCAUCUACAGAGGGUUUGCCCAGUGUCUGCUUACGCUUGGAGACAGCAUGGCAGACAGCAUGCAGAAUGACGAAGGCACACAGGAAAUUGACACCAUCUGCAAGUCCUGGGAUGAGUUCCACAGAUGUGCUAAUGCUGCAUUAGCUGGGUGCCCUGAUGAGGCAGCGGCUGUAUGGGAGUCCCUGAGGCAGGAGUCCAGGAAGAUGCAGUUUUCAGGGAACCUGUAUGACAUGUGUUCUGACCGUGCCAAGGCUCCACCCACCCAACAGAACCCAUCCAGGGAGGACGAAACUAAUCAGGAGUCUUUGAAGGGUUGUGCCCUCCUUUUCGCCCCUGUUCAUUUCUUGUUGCUGCCUGCCUGUCUGGUACUACAGAAGGUAUAGGAGGCUUGGGGUUGGGCGGUACCACCAACAGAAGGACAUUGGAUGCGCUGCACUCCAGGUUCAGCCCCAAGGGAGCCUUACAGUGAGAUGCACAGUAACUCCUAUAUAUCUCCUUGUGCAAUGCAGAAAACAGUCGCACAGCUUACAAAAACUCACAACUCUCUGUCUUGGCCUAAUAUCUGUGAACAGGUAGACACACUCACGUUAUUGUUCUGUACAACACACACACUCUACCUCAGUUUACAGUAUAUCAGACCCUUAUUCCUUUAUUUCACUCCUUAUCAGGAGACUUGGUUUCACAGUUCAAGAGCAUCUUGCAUGUGUAGCUCUGCACCGGACAGCAUGUGACUGAUGCUGUGUUUUCUUCAGGGACUCCAGAAAAAACCUUCUCUAACCUCACCAUGCUGAACCUGAACUGCUGUGCAACUAUAGUGUUUAAUGACUGUUCUUUACUUAUCAGACUCCUUUGUCCAAAGUGACUUACAAAAUUAGGUAACUUUACACUCAUUUACCCAUUUAUACAGCUGGAUCAUUUUUACCAUGUCAAUUCUGGGUAAGAGUUGGCAUUUGAGUGUAGGUUUUAUGAGUGUAACCACUAUGCCACCUGCUACUACCACUAUAUUUUCCCAGGAAAAAACUUAAAGUGAUGCUGUAUAUAGUGUGCAAUGUGUUUUUAUUUGCUAAUAGCAAAUGGGGGAAAAUUACCUUGCGUUGGACUAGGAUCUGUCCGCAGUGUACCUUACCUAACCCAGUGCCCUGUGCUUCCAGGACCAUCCUGACCCUGCAUUAGGACAAGCAUUUAUUGAUAAUGAUUAAAUGUAGGAGAAUAUAGCAUACUGAAUGAAAAUACAGUCAUACCCUAAGA